AGAGAUAUAAGCCGAUGCAACGGAGAUGAUUGGACUACCAAAGAGAUUACUAAGAGCGCUAACAUACCUAGUGUUCUUCUUGGUGUUUGCAUGUACGCUUUUGUUGUUUGCCAACAAGCACGAGUUUAUUGAAUUACAGAAGUACAUCCCAUUUGCCAGUGAGGCACCCGCAUACUUCCAGCCACCGUCAGAUCUGUUCAUUAUCGACAUCGCUAUCAGGAACUGCUACUUGUAUAACAAAAACAAUGAGAAUUGUGGAUUGCCGGAACCGCUGGCUGGUGCAUUAGGAGCUCUUGGUGACAUGGGUGGAUGGAGAAAAGUGAACAAAGAUAUUGGACUUGGCAAGUCGUGGGUCAAACAGCAGUUUUUUUCAUACAAAGAGUUGAAGCAUCGUUCAUUACGUCAGUUUUUGAAGGAUACCGAUGGCAAGGAUGAAGUGAUUAUUGAUAUUGCCGUUUUUAACCUAGCCGAUUCUAAGAUCAAGGGGAAUGAAAAAUUAAAGUUGCCCAGAUAUAUUAUUGAAAAUUAUCACAAGGCGGUUGUAUACGACGAUUCAACCCAUGCCAAUUUGGUUAAAGACGGAGAUAAGGUCGCCACCGAGCAAACUAUCAAGGAAAAUGAAAAAUUAGAACAAGAAAGAAAAGGCAACAAGGAAGUACCCUCCGAGGAAGAUAGAAAGGAGAAAGAAGCAGAAGCCAAGGAACAAGAGAAGGAAACAAUGGAAAAUGAAAACGAAGAGGCUGAACAAUUGAAAAAAUCUGCCAAGGAGAAGGAAGCAGAAUCGAACAAGAAACAAGAAGAUGAAAUAACCGAGAAAGAACAAGAGGCUGAACGAUUAAAAGAUAACCCACCAAAACAGUUUGAAGAAGAUAUCCAACCCCAAAAUCCAGAAAAUGAAAA